UUACUAGACUUUUUUGGCCUUUUUUUCAGGGAUAAUUUGCGUACAGUAACAUUACACUUUUUAUGGUACAGUUCUAGGAGUUUUAACAAGUACAUAUUGCGAUGUAACCACUACUGCCAGCGAGAUGUACAGUAGUUGCAUAACCCCCCGGUCCCCUUGUGCCCCUUGUAGUUAGCCCCGCCCCCAGCAUCUGGCAGCCACCGAUCAGUUUUCUGUUCCUGGAAUCACAGCCGUGGAAUCUGUGCCCUGGAAUCAUAGCAUGUGUACCUUUUAAGCCUGGCUAGCAUAGUGCAUUUGAGAUUCAUCCAUGUUGUUGCAUAGCAGUUCAACCCUUUUUUUUUUGCUCAGUAGUAGUCUGUUAUCUGAAUGUGCCAGUUUAUCAACUCACCAACUGAAGGACAUUUGGAGUUUUCCAAUAUAUUAUUAGUAUUUUGACUGUUUCCAUCUACUAGUGGGUCAGAAGCUUUCCAGGGAAUCCUUUUGGUAACCAAGUAGGUUUGGUAUCUUUUUUGAGGGCAAAGCUUUUGGGGCAGCAUCACCCAAGACAGCCUGUGUAAUUGUGCACUGAAUGGUCCUUUAAGAUGAUGGUGGUAGUGAUGGUGUCACUGUGCCCAGGUCUAGUUGACGUCUCUCCACUUAGCCAUCCUUAAUUAUUCUCUGGUGCUCUGUCUUGUGAGUGACAUGCCUUCUUUGAUGUUGAGGCCAAUUAGAAAUGUUAUAAAAGCAUUUCUCUGAAAACUCAGAACCCAAAGUAAACCGUCUCCAUAUGCUGUUUUCUACUUCAAAGACAGUUGGAGGAGAGUUAGACAUAAUUUCUUCCCAUUAGAAUAGAGGAAGCUUCUUGGCAGUGGGGCCAAAGAGGAGGGGACAGAAAGAAGCAGCUGAACCCACCAUCCCGGGCAGGCUGUGAAAGUGGACACCUGAAGGGUGGAGGGCCAAGGACUCUGUUAGCUGUCGGUAGGUAUUUAGCUCAGGGAAACAAUUCCAUAGCCGUUCCGUGAGAGUGAAGCCUGGUACCCAGCUUCACGCUGCAGUGAGCAGAGUGGGUGUGGGCGUACAUCAUUGCACGUUGUGUCGUGUUGGGCCAUCCUUUGCCUCUUUAGGUGUUGGGCUCCCAGUGACUGAAGAAAACCCAAGAGUGACAUUGGGGAAACUGAGCUUUUGACCUUGACGCUGUGUUCUCAAGCAUUGUGUGUCCUUGGGCACAUUGCUUGCCCUCUGGUUUCUCUUUUUGGGAUGAGGGCUUUGGAGGAGAUGGGCCUCCUGGGUCUCUGACACUGAACUCAUCCUCUCAGAACCCCAGCACAUAGGAGCUCUUUGCGUCUGCCGGGUCCAGAAACGACAGCUCAGGACUGCGGAAAGGCCCCUGCUGCCAUCGUGGCUCCCCGGGCAUCGAGGGUGAUUGUGCUGUUGUAGGACAGGCCUGGGCUGGCCCAGCGCGCCUGCUAGCAGACUGCACAUAGAGCCUGCUCCCCCUUAGGGGAGCUUUUGGGGCAACUUCUCGUGCUUUCUGAAUCCAGGCCCGUAAGGAAGGUGAUCUGGCAGAAGAUCCUGAAAGCCGAUAAAAGUACCGUAUACAGAUGUGCGUGCGAUGCUGUCUUCAAUUAAGGAACACAUCCAAACACAAACCUCAUGUUUUUCUUGGACCAUUUCCAAGCACUAAGCUGCUUUUUGAGCUGUUACUAGCUGAAUUAUUGGGACUUCCCUCUGUGGUUAUUUCACAUCCUCCUUUUCUUGGGAGUGGUGUUUAAAAUACUUCUCCUUUGAAGCACGAUAUGAAACCAGGAGAAAACUCUAGGACCAGGAAGGCAUCUUUUGGCUAAGAUCUUGUCUGCAAGUGAGCAUUUGCCGACAAGAAUGCAGAAAUCUUCAAUCCUGCUUUACUGUUGCAUUCUAGUCUAGUGACUUUGAAAUGGGAAGUUAAAUUUCAGAAGCGUUCCCAUUGCACAUAUGCAUCCCACAUUAUUUCAUACACCAUGUACAUAAGUAGUUUGAAUUCCAGACAUUAAUAUAUCAAACCACAUUUGUACAUGAGAGUGCUGGUGACGUUAACACUGAUGUAUCAUGUAAGACUCAUACCCAUUCUUGAACACUUACCUGUAUUAGUCAGACUUGUGAGAACUUCAAGGUGCCCAAUAUGUUGACGCUUUCUCCAUUUAAGCUUAUUGUUAGAAUGCAUCGUCUGUUCCUUCUUGCCCCAGAGUGCCACGUUAACCCCCAUAUUCUUCAGCGUUUGUACAAAUGGCACUUUCUCAAUGAAGGCGAACUCUACUGCCCUAUAAAAAUCACCUCUCACCCCACACUGUACCCCAUUUUCCCUACUUUUCCCUCAGCACUUAGCGCUUUCUGAGGUACUUCUAACAUGCCUUACUAUCUCAUCUUUUUAGAAUGAGAGGUGUUAUUGUUUCUGUGGCUCUUUGGGCAGAGAUCUUUGUCUGUUUUAUCCCAGGCGUCUGGAACAGGGCCUGACACGUGGUGGGUGCUUACGAAAAAGGGAUGGAGUGAGUGCAUGUGUGCGCGAGGCCGUGCGUGGCAUUGUUUCCUGGUUAUUAGUGUUUUCCUUUCUUGACUGCAAAGCUGGAGGAAAGGCCCGGGUUGCCCUGAAGGAGACAAGGCUUUAACAGCACACGGACGGCAGCCUCGUUUCUCCUGUGGGGACGCCUGACACCUCGAGGCUGCCUGGAGCAAAGCAGCCCCCCGCCCCAGGGGCUCAGGCUGGCCUAGGAGGACCCCGGAGGAGAGAUCCUGGUCGCCGGGCCCUCAGUGCGGUCAGACCUGCUCUGCUGUACUGGAUCUGGUCUCCUGCUGUAAAUCUCCUUCUUGUUGCCUCUGAGCCUUUUAAAUUUGGGUUUCAUGAGAGUGCUUGGUAUGGGGGAGGACCUGGUGGCUCCCUAACUUCUCAGAACCUCUGCUUCCUCACCGCAGCAUAAGACGAAGGGAACUGUUAGAGAUCUGUGCAUGUUAAAUGCACAAAUGUACAGGACUUCUUACUCCUGGGCUGCUGGUGUUUUUUAAGCUUUCCUCACCCCUCCUCCCGGCCCAGGAUUUAGAAUGAAAAAGCACAGCCUAAUCUUGCCCUCCUCUUUUUCCCAACAAGAACCGGUAUGGUUUCUCUCGUGUUCUGUCAUCAUUCCAUUCACCGUAACUUAGCCAUGGCAACGUAGCAUUUCCCGGAAUGGGAGAAGCUGCGCGCGGAGACUGUCACUUUCACGCGCUUGUCAGCUCAGUGGUCGGGCAGCGGCUGAGAGCUCUUGCGACUUGGCAUGUUAGCGCCGUCAAGCCAGGCAGCGGGCAGUUUGCAGUCGUGAAGAAAUGCCGUGAGAAGAGCACCGGGCUACAGUACGCCGCCAAGUUCAUCAAGAAGAGGAGGACCAGGUCCAGCCGGCGCGGCGUGAGCCGCGAGGACAUCGAGCGCGAGGUCGGCAUCCUGAAGGAGAUCCGGCACCCCAACGUCAUCACCCUGCACGAGGUCUACGAGAGCAAGACCGACGUCGUCCUCAUCCUGGAGCUCGUUGCAGGCGGUGAGCUGUUUGACUUCUUGGCUGAAAAGGAAUCUUUGACUGAAGAGGAAGCAACCGAAUUUCUCAAGCAAAUUCUUAACGGUGUUUACUACCUGCACUCCCUCCAGAUUGCCCACUUUGAUCUGAAGCCUGAAAACAUAAUGCUUUUGGAUAGAAAUGUCCCUAAACCUCGGAUCAAGAUCAUCGACUUUGGGUUGGCCCAUAAAAUUGACUUUGGAAAUGAAUUCAAAAACAUAUUUGGAACCCCAGAGUUUGUUGCUCCUGAGAUAGUCAACUAUGAACCUCUCGGUCUCGAGGCAGAUAUGUGGAGUAUUGGGGUAAUAACCUAUAUUCUCCUAAGUGGGGCCUCCCCAUUCCUUGGAGACACUAAGCAAGAAACCUUAGCAAACGUAUCUGCCGUCAACUAUGAAUUUGAGGAAGAAUACUUCAGUAAUACCAGUGCCCUAGCCAAGGACUUCAUAAGAAGACUCCUCGUCAAGGAUCCAAAGAAGAGAAUGACGAUUCAAGAUAGUCUGCAGCACCCCUGGAUCAAGCCUAAAGAUACCCAACAAGCACUUAGUAGAAAAGCCUCGGCCGUAAACAUGGAGAAAUUCAAGAAGUUCGCAGCCCGGAAAAAAUGGAAACAAUCCGUUCGCUUGAUAUCACUGUGCCAAAGAUUGUCCAGGUCGUUCUUGUCCAGAAGUAACAUGAGUGUUGCCAGAAGUGACGAUACCCUGGAUGAGGAAGACUCCUUUGUGAUGAAAGCCAUCAUCCACGCCAUCAACGACGACAACGUCCCAGGCCUGCAGCACCUCCUGGGCUCAUUGUCCAACUACGAUGUUAACCAACCCAACAAGCAUGGGACACCUCCGUUACUUAUUGCUGCUGGCUGUGGGAAUAUUCAAAUACUACAGUUGCUCAUUAAAAGAGGCUCAAGAAUUGAUGUCCAGGAUAAGGGCGGAUCCAAUGCCGUCUACUGGGCCUCACGGCAUGGCCACGUGGACACCUUGAAAUUUCUCAUUGAGAACAAAUGCCCGUUGGAUGUUAAAGACAAGUCUGGAGAGACGGCCCUUCACGUGGCAGCUCGCUAUGGCCACGCCGACGUGGUUCAGUUACUGUGCAGCUUCGGCUCUAACCCCGAUUUCCAGGACAAGGAGGAAGAAAGCCCCCUGCACUGUGCGGCCUGGCAUGGCUACCACUCUGUGGCCAGAGCCCUUUGCGAGGCUGGCUGCAAUGUGAAUGUUAAGAACCGAGAAGGAGAGACGCCCCUCCUGACGGCCUCCGCCAGGGGCUACCACGACAUCGUGGAGUGUCUGGCCGAGCACGGAGCCGACCUGAAUGCCUCUGACAAGGAUGGACACAUUGCUCUUCAUCUUGCUGUAAGACGCUGUCAGACGGAGGUCAUCCAGACACUCAUCAGCCAGGGAUGUUCUGUGGAUUUCCAAGACAGGCAUGGCAACACCCCUCUCCACGUGGCCUGCAAAGAUGGCAACGUGCCUAUUGUGGUGGCCCUCUGUGAGGCAAACUGCAAUCUGGACAUCGCAAACAAGUAUGGACGAACGCCUCUGCACCUGGCCGCCAACAAUGGGAUUCUGGACGUGGUCCGCUACCUGUGUCUGACGGGCGCCAACGUGGAGGCGCUGACCUCGGAUGGAAAGACAGCGGAAGAUCUUGCCAAAUCGGAACAGCACGAACAUGUAGCAGGUCUCCUUGCAAGACUCCGAAAGGAUACGCACCGAGGGCUCUUCAUCCAGCAGCUGCGACCCACGCAGACCCUCCAGCCAAGAAUCAAACUGAAGCUGUUCGGCCACUCGGGCUCGGGGAAAACCACGCUGGUGGAAUCUCUCAAGUGCGGGCUGCUGCGGAGCUUCUUCCGCAGGCGCCGGCCCCGCCUCUCCUCCGCCAGCUCCGCCAGGUUCCCGCCUUCGCCCCUGGCUUCCAGGCCUGCAGUCUCCGUGAGCAUCAACAACCUGUACCCGGGCUGCGAGAACGUGAGCGUGAGGAGCCGCAGCAUGAUGUUCGAGCCGGGCCUCACCAAAGGGAUGCUGGAGGUGUUCGUGGCCCCAUCCCACCACCCGCACUGCUCCGCUGACGACCAGUCCACCAAGGCCAUCGACAUCCAGAAUGCCUAUUUGAACGGAGUUGGCGAUUUCAGUGUGUGGGAGUUCUCUGGAAAUCCUGUAUACUUCUGCUGUUAUGACUAUUUUGCUGCAAACGAUCCCACAUCGAUCCAUGUCAUCGUUUUUAGUCUGGAAGAACCCUACGAGAUCCAGCUGAACCAAGUGAUCUUCUGGCUCAGUUUCCUGAAGUCUCUUGUGCCGGUUGAAGAGCCCAUAGCUUUCGGCGGCAAGCUGAAGAACCCACUCCGAGUCGUCCUGGUGGCCACGCACGCCGACAUCAUGAAUGUGCCUCGUCCAGCCGGAGGCGAGUUUGGAUAUGACAAAGACACGUCAUUGCUGAAAGAAAUCAGGAACAGGUUUGGGAACGAUCUUCACAUUUCAAAUAAGCUGUUUGUUCUGGACGCCGGGGCUUCCGGGUCUAAGGACAUGAAGGUGCUUCGAAAUCACCUGCAAGAAAUACGGAGCCAGAUUGUUUCAGUCUGCCCUCCAAUGACUCACCUGUGCGAGAAAAUCAUCUCCACGCUGCCUUCCUGGAGGAAGCUCAACGGGCCCAACCAGCUGAUGUCACUGCAGCAGUUCGUGUGUGACGUGCAGGACCAGCUGAACCCCCUGGCCAGUCAGGAGGACCUGCGGCGCAUAGCCCAGCAGCUGCACAGUGCGGGCGAGAUCAACAUCAUGCAGAGUGAAACAGUCCAGGACGUGCUGCUCCUGGACCCCCGCUGGCUCUGCACCAGCGUCCUGGGGAAGCUGCUCUCCGUCGAGACCCCCCGGGCCCUGCACCAUUACCGGGGCCGCUACACCAUGGAGGACGUGCAGCGCCUGGUGCCCGACAGCGACGUGGAGGAGCUGUUGCAGAUCCUGGAUGCCAUGGACAUCUGCGCCCGGGACCUGAGCAGUGGGACCAUGGUGGACAUCCCCGCCCUCAUCAAGACAGACAGCCUGCACCGCUCCUGGACGGACGAGGAGGACGAGGUGAUGGUCUACGGCGGCGUGCGCAUCGUCCCGGUGGAGCACCUCACCCCCUUCCCGUGCGGCAUCUUUCACAAGGUCCAGGUGAACCUCUGCCGGUGGAUCCACCAGCAGAGCACCGAGGGCGACGCAGACAUCCGCCUGUGGGUGAAUGGCUGCAAGAUUGCCAACCGCGGGGCCGAGCUGCUGGUGCUGCUGGUCAACCACGGCCAGGGCAUCGAGGUCCAGGUGCGUGGUCUGGAGACGGAAAAGAUCAAGUGCUGCCUCCUGCUGGACUCGGUGUGCAGCACCAUCGAGAACGUCAUGGCCACCACGCUGCCUGGGCUGUUGACGGUGAAGCAUUACCUGAGCCCCCAGCAGCUGAGGGAGCACCACGAGCCGGUCAUGAUCUACCAGCCGAGAGACUUCUUCCGGGCGCAGACCCUGAAGGAGACCUCGCUGACCAACACCAUGGGCGGGUACAGGGAGAGCUUCAGCAGCAUCAUGUGCUUCGGCUGCCAUGACAUCUACUCGCAGGCCAGCCUGGGGAUGGACAUCCACGCGUCAGACAUGAACCUCCUGACCCGGAGGAAACUCAGUCGCCUGCUGGACCCGCCCGACCCCAUGGGGAAGGACUGGUGCCUUCUUGCCAUGAACUUGGGCCUCCCUGACCUUGUGGCAAAGUACAACACCAAUAAUGGGGCUCCUAAGGAGUUCCUCCCGAGCCCGCUCCACGCCCUGCUCCGGGAAUGGACCUCCUACCCUGAGAGCACGGUCGGCGUCCUCAUGUCCAAACUGCGGGAGCUGGGGCGCCGGGAUGCGGCCGACUUUCUGCUGAAGGCCUCCUCUGUGUUCAAAAUCAACCUGGACGGCAAUGGCCAGGAGGCCUAUGCCUCGAGCUGCAACAGCGGCACGUCCUAUAAUUCCAUUAGCUCAGUCGUGUCCCGGAAAAACUCCCAUGUAUGGAAUCGCACUGUAUGAUUUAUAAACAGACAUUAUGUGAGUGCCUUUUGCAGAAGAGGGUGUGUUUGAAAUCAUGAGUGAGCCAGCAGCUGUCACGAAGGAAACGCCCCUCUCUGUCCCCUGCUGUUGGCUGAUCAUCGCCAGAGGUGCUUCACCCUGAGUUGUGUUCCCAGCGGUUUCGUGUUUCAUUUGUCAAGGAAAGGGGAGGGAGGAACGCCCCCCCUCCAGAGCGCCGUCCGGCCAGUGCUGUUGCUACGGUAGACAUGUUCUCGUUUGCUUUUGUUGAAACGUCGUGUGAACGUCCACAUGGACCUCAGGACGUCCCGCUUCUCGCUCCUGCCCUCUCAGGAGGAGGCUGCUCCGCAGAAGGGUGGGGAGGCCACGUGAGGACCCCGGAGACCCUGCCUCCCGACUCGUGCAGGCCACCGUCGUCUGUGCGAGCAGGUGGCUUUCCACUUUAGAUCCUGUCUGAUAAUUUCCUGUACUUGAAGUCCGAGAGAGAAAAUAAAAGAAGCAACUUUUCUUGCAGUGGUUUUAAAUUGUGAUAGUUUUAAAUUGAUAUGAGGGAACAUGUCCUGAUUCUUCUGUCCUGAGAAGCAUGUAAUUUUAAUGUUAUAUGUGUGUGUAUAUAUAUAUAUAUAUGCAAUAUGUAUAUACAUAUAUAUUAAUACAGGUAUUUUUACUGAAUCUAUAAGAUGUAGUAAAAAGUUGUUUGUUUUUCUUUUCUU